CGGGACAAGAGCGGUCACUGUCCCAGAGCAGUGCCGAGACAGGUUUGGACGCAGCGCGGCGGGUCCUGCGUGUCGCCGUGUCACCGAGCCCAUCUCCUAGGAGAUGGGGUGGGCUAUGUUUCUUUAAGGGACUUAUGUGAGCUACUAUCCCCCGGCGGCGCGGAGACCAUGGCCCCUUCUCAGGAUUCCCGGGCCCCGCUGGAAUUCGGGGGACCCUUGGGCGCUGCGGCUCUGAUGCUGCUGCUCCCUGCUACCACGUUCCACCUGCUCCUGGUGGCCCGCUCGGGCCCGGCGCGCCUCCUGGGCCCACCUCCGUACCUGCCCGGACUCGAGGCGCUGUGGAGCCCGCGGGCGCUGCUGCUGUGGCUCACCUGGCUCGGCCUGCAGGCCGCGCUCUACCUGCUGCCGGCGCGCAAGGUGGCCGAGGGGCAGGAAUUGAAGGACAGGAGUCGCCUGCGCUACCCCAUUAAUGGUUUCCAGGCUCUGGUGCUGACAGCCCUGUUGGUGGGCCUGGGGAUGUCUGCCGGGCUGCCCUUGGGGGCGCUCCCAGAAAUGCUCCUGCCCUUGGCAUUUGCGGCCAUCCUCACUGCUUUCACCUUAAGCCUCCUCCUCUUUCUGAAAGCUCUGGUAGCCUCUCCCUCCGCCCUGGCACCUGGGGGGAACUCAGGCAAUCCCAUUUACGACUUUUUCCUGGGACGGGAGCUCAACCCACGCAUCUGUUCCUUUGACUUCAAAUAUUUCUGUGAACUGCGGCCUGGCCUCAUUGGCUGGGUCCUCAUCAACCUGGCCCUGAUGAUGCAGGAAGCAGAACUUCGAGGGAGUCCCUCACUGGCCAUGUGGUUGGUCAAUGGCUUCCAGCUACUCUACGUGGUUGAUGCUCUCUGGCAUGAGGAGGCUGUCCUCACCACCAUGGACUUCACACAUGAUGGGUUUGGCUUCAUGCUGGCCUUUGGGGACCUAGCCUGGGUACCCUUCACAUACAGCCUGCAGGCGCAGUUCCUGCUGUACCACCCACAGCCCCUGGGGUUGCCCAUGGCCUCAGUCAUCUGCCUCAUCAACGCUGUUGGUUACUACAUUUUCCGAGGAGCUAAUUCCCAGAAAAACACCUUCCGAAAGAAUCCUUUUGACCCCAGAGUGGCUGAUCUUGAGACCAUCCCUACUGCCACGGGGCGGCAGCUGCUGGUGUCUGGGUGGUGGGGUAUGGUCCGCCAUCCCAACUACCUUGGAGACCUCAUCAUGGCUGUGGCCUGGUCCUUGCCCUGUGGAGUGUCCCACCUGCUGCCCUACUUCUACGUCCUCUACUUCACUCUGCUCCUGGUGCACCGUGAGGCCCGGGAUGAGCAGCUGUGCCUGCGAAAGUAUGGUCUGGCCUGGCGCGAGUACUGCCGGCGUGUGCCUUACCGAAUCGUGCCCUACGUCUACUGAGCAGCCCCACUAACCCCAGGUCGGGGCACUCCCAGCAGCAGGAGCCUGGGGCUCACACACCGGGGUGGGAGUCAAGGACCUGCACCCUACCCUGCCCUGAGUUCCAUCCAACAGGCAAGGAUGAACAGCCUCAGAGAGGUGGUUUGGAGUAAGAAGAAAAUAAAGCAAGUGCCCAGAAAUGAAA